ACGAGCAUGCGUCGUGCUCCGGAGUUGAGUGUGCUUUCUCCUUCCCCCACGCAGCGGCUGGGAGGCGCCUGGUAGCGACUGUCGCCAUAGUGCGAUCCGCCGGAGUCGGGGCACUGGUGCUUGAGGCUGACUGAUCAGAAUGAAUGAAAAGCCUCUUUGGGAGCAGAUUGGAAGUAGCUUUGUGGAACAUUACUAUCAAAUUUUUGAUACAGAUAGGAGUCGACUAGCACCAUUAUAUAUUGAAACUUCUUGCCUUUCUUGGGAAGCACAGCAGUUCCAAGGUAAAGAUGCUAUUGUGGAAAAACUUACUAGCCUUCCAUUUGCAAAGAUACUGCAUCUGGUAACUGCACAAGACCAUCAACCCACACCUGAUAAUUGCAUUCUGAGUAUGGUAGUCGGACAACUUAAGGUUGAUGAAGACCCAGUCAUGGGAUUCCACCAGGUAUUUUUACUGAAAAGCAUCAAUGAAGCUUGGAUCUGCACCAACGAUGUCUUCAGGCUAUCACUGCAUAACUUUUCCUGAGAGUUCUCUUUCUGCACGUCCUUAUAUCCACUCUUCUAGUCUGCUAUUAAUUGCAAUAACUGGAUUCUAAAUAUCAUGCACAAAUGUGUACCCAACAGUAAAAAUUUGCAACCUGAGCAGUCUCUAAUCACAGUUUGCUUGAAUUAAAUUAUUUGUGCAUGAUGUUUGGAAAGUUGUUAGUUUAGCUGACAAUGACAAGACAGUACCCCAUUGUGUUGUACCAGCACGCCUUAGAAGAUAAAUCAUACCACAUUAUUUUUUUCUUUCCUGUGUAUUGGUAAGUUGCUAUAGCAAUCCAAAGAAACAAAAUAAGAAAGAGCAGCUUCUUACCCAAUCUUUUGAUAUGUUCAUACUUUUUAUUGAUUUAGGAUACAAUAAACCAUGUUCUUUUCUUAAGUUGGAAAUGGUUUUGUUUGGUUUCCUGGCAAUGUUUGUCAUUUUUUAAAAUGUACUUGACCAUUAAUACAAUCAGAAAAUAAGUUAUUAGAUAGUACUUGUGCUGGUUUAAAGGAUUAGGUCAAAUGUCUAUCAAGAGGAAGUUACAAUGCAAGGUAACUCAAAACAUUGUUAUUCAGUAUUUAUCAUGAUUGAACUUUGUUUCAGGUGCUGUCUUGACAAAUUGAGGCCACAAGAAAAGUUUUAGAUUACAUUUUUAAACUGCAACACGAGAUUCAGCAGGAUGUGUAAAAUUUGAUUCAAUCUCAAUCCAUAAUUAUAUCUAAUGACUUUGUUAAAAGUAAUGCAGAUUUCCAAUUUACUUAUCAAAUUUUGGUUUCAGUCAAGCAAGCCAAUGCUUGGAGUAUUAGCUGCCUUGUAGUG